CGUGUAGGACCUCCUCCUCCUCCGACACACAGCAGCAGCAAUGGCGGAUUACGAUAGCUACGAUGAUCGAGACCGGGCCUAUGGCAGCUUCGGCGGCGGUAAAGGACCCCGUGGUGGUAGUGGCAGCGCCGGAGGCGCCAGGAAGCAGAGAGAGCUGCCAACAGAGCCGCCGUACACGGCAUAUGUAGGGAACCUGCCACCCUACGCUGUGCAAGGUGACAUCGACGACAUCUUCAAAGAACUCAAGAUCCGCAGUGUCCGAUUGGUCAGAGACAAAGAGACAGACAAGUUCAAAGGUUUUUGUUAUGUGGAGUUUGAUGAUUUGGAAUCUCUAAAAGAAGCUUUGUUGUAUGAUGGCGCCCUCCUUGGUGAGAAGACACUGAGGGUCGACAUCGCAGAGGGGAGGAGGCAAGAACGAGGCGGCUUCAGCUUUAAGAAAGAUGAAGGCAGAGGAGGACGAGGUUUUCGAGGUAGUCGAGGAGGAGGACGUGACUCUCGGGAGGACUUUGACCGACAAGGAGGACGUGCGGUCGGAGAGUUCAGCGGCUCAGGUUUUAGAGAUGAUGACUACGGGCGUGGUCGGGUUGGUGGCAGUCGCCCUGGUGACAGAAGGGGAGCAGCAGCAGCAGGGGGAGGAGGAGGAGGAGGAGGUGGAGCAGGAAUGGGCCGCUUUAGAGACGGACCCCCACGUGGAGGAAGUACUGAUUUCCGGGAACCUUCUGAAGAGGAGCGUGCACAGCGUCCUCGGCUGCAGCUGAAGCCCCGUACUGUCUCUGAGCCGCUCAACCAGGUCGCCAACCCGAACUCUGCCAUCUUCGGUGGAGCCAAGCCACGAGAGGAGCACUGAGACACUUAAACACCCGACACUCUCCCGGCCAGAUGAUGGUGAUACAACAGAAAAGAAGAAGUUUUGAUUUUUUUUUUCAUGCUCUCUUUCCUUCAGUGUGGAUUAUGUGGAGAAAAUUCAGCUAAAGUGAUGAAAAUGUUUGAAUGAACUUCAAAGCAAAAAAUAAUAAUUGUACAAAGUUGUUGUUUUUGGUUCUAGUUUCCUGUAGUUUUCAUCUUUAACCUAUAGGGGGACUGUGGCCCGACACUGUCUGAAUGUGAAUCAGAAUCAUGUCUGGGUCUGUAGUGGAUUUAAAGCUUCAGUGUUAUGGGUCUGCAUCGCUAUGACAACAGUUAAACAUUAUGUUUAUGUACCAGAAUUCUCACCCGGAAACAUUUUCUUAUUGUACCAUAGAAGAAAAACAAACAGCUGUUUUAACUUCCCCCCCAACAAUGUUUAUGGCAAUAAAACUGUAUGAUCGUC